AUGAUACCCUUUGUCUCACGGAAGCUUUUGGCACCUUCCUUCACUGUAAAUGAAUUGAGACUUCCCAUUCUAAUUAAAACCCCUGUUAAGAGAAAUCUUCCCUAUGCUGGGGUACGAUUCGCGAGCUCUCAGAUACAACUGAGAGACUAUCAAGAAGAAUGCAUUCGAUCCGUCCUACAGUCUCUCAAAGACGGACACAAGAGACUAGGAAUCUCGCUGGCUACCGGUAGCGGCAAGACGGUCAUCUUCACACAGCUGAUUCAAAGAGUUCAGCCGAGGGAAACCAUCGCCACGCAGACCCUCAUCCUCGCCCACAGGAGAGAACUUGUCGAGCAAGCGGCAAGGCACUGCACAAACGCGUACCCCGACAGCACCGUGGAGAUUGAGAUGGGCUCCAUGCAUGCCUCUGGCACCGCAGACAUCACCAUUGCCAGCCUGCAGAGCAUCACGUCUGGGGACCGACUCAACAAGUUCGACCCGCAGAGAUUCAAGCUGGUUCUCGUCGACGAGGCGCAUCACAUUGUAGCCCCAGGUUAUAUGCGAGUACUGCGUCACUUUGGACUCGACAGUAAAAAAGUGGACUCGCCGUCUUUGGUGGGCGUUUCUGCCACCUUUUCUCGAUUCGACGGCCUCAAGUUGGGCGCCGCGAUUGACCAGAUCGUCUAUCAUAAAGAUUAUGUUGACAUGAUCGGAGACAAGUGGCUCUCGGAUGUCAUGUUCACCACCGUGGAAUCGACAGCAGACUUAUCCAGGGUCAGGAAUGGUAUGAAUGGCGAUUUCCAGCAGGGAGAACUCUCAAGGGCCGUCAAUACGGACGAGAUCAACGAAAUCACCGUACGGAGCUGGCUGGCCAAGGCUUCCGAUCGGAAAUCGACUCUGGUCUUCUGUGUAGACCUUGCACACGUCGCUGGUCUGACGCAGACGUUCCGCAAACACGGCUACGACGCAAGGUUCGAGUUCCGCAAUGGAAAGUUCCCUGUGCUUGUGAACUGCGGAGUCUUCACGGAAGGAACCGAUAUCCCAAAUAUCGACUGCGUAAUUCUUGCUCGCCCAACACGAUCUCGGAACCUUCUGGUGCAGAUGAUCGGUAGAGGUAUGAGGUUACACAAGGGAAAGUCUGACUGCCAUAUCAUCGACAUGGUUUCCAGUCUCCAGACCGGUAUCGUGACUACACCGACGCUUUUCGGUCUGGAUCUGAGCGAGAUCGUCAGCGAAGCGACUACGGCCGACAUGGAGGAGAUCAAGGGCAGGAAAGAAGCAGAGAAGCUCCGACAGGACCACGCUUACUCUGAUGCUUCUGCACCCGAAGCUACUGCGCCCACCAAAUCGGUAACUUUCACCGACUACGACUCCGUCUUUGAUCUGAUUCAGGACACAUCCGGCGAGCAGCACAUUCGGGCGAUAAGCCAGUACGCGUGGGUUCAGGUCGGCCAAGAUAAAUACGUCCUUUGCGCGCCCAACGGAUCCUACAUCCGACUCUUCAAAGUCGACGCCAAAACCAACUCCGACAACAACGACGACGACGACGGCAAAGAGAAGGUCCUCUGGCAAGCCGUCGAAGUCCGCACCCUGCCCCCAAGCGUCGGCAAAUCCCCCUUCGCCGCAGCCCGCGAGCUCCUCCAAGCCGCAACCUUCGCCGACGCGGUCCACGGCAGCGACAACUACGUCUCCAACUCGGAACUCUACCCCCACACAUUCGUCCAACGCUGGCAACGCUGGCGCAAGGGCCCGCCGACGCCGGGACAGCUCGACUUCCUCAACAAGCUCCGGCCCAAGGAGGAGCCCCUGACGGCCGCCAACGUCAACAAGGGUAAGGCGAUGGAUAUGAUUACCAAGAUCAGGCACGGUGCCAAGGGCCGGUUCGCGAGCUUGAAGACGGAGAGGCGGCGCGUCCAGCGGUCUCAAGAUAAAAAAGCACAGAUAGAGGCGCGGGCGAGGCAGGAAAAGGUCUCGGUUGGGCCCGUCUCUUCUUGA